CGACCGCAUUGUCAGUCAGAAUCUCAAGACCACAUCAACAUUCUGAUCAACAAGAAGCCUGGAGCAGGACUCGGCCAGCACCAAUUCUUUUCAAUUCUACUUGUCCGUCAGGUUCCAUCAACACAGCAACCAUGCGCGUCGCACUUUGUCUCCUCACAGUCCUUGCCCUCUUCUGGCAGGGUGUAUUCGCUUUCCCAGUCGAAGGAAACCCAUAUAAUACCGAGAACUCCAUCCGCAGCCCAGUCGCCGGACUCCCAGCUCUCGGCGAUCACUAUGCCGAUUUCUCUCUCAGGCCUAACUACUCGCUUCAACAGCGAAGCAUCUUCAGCGCCGUUGCCAAGGGUGCCAAAGCCAUUGUGAACAAGAUCAAGGGCAAGCCUAAGGUUCCAGCCGACGAGGCCAAGUUCAUGAAGGCAGCGAAGGCCGAUAUCGCCAAGUGGAGACCUCAUGUUGAGGCCCAGAAGCUCAAGAACCAAGCCGCAGGUGCAGGUGCAUAGAGUCUUGCGGGCAAACGCAAACGGGUUAUGACUGGACGCUACGGGUGCACGCGAUUCGCAUGGCGUUAUGGAUCAUGUGGUGCGAGUCGGAGUUCCAAGAAAUGGACAUGUUGUAAGACGCAGGACGUCAGCCUGUACGGCAACACUAGCUCCAUGCUUGAAUAAAGCCUUCAACUUUCUCACACCGAUCUCCAGUCUUGCACACGCAAACAACAAGGCAGCUUUGUUGCAUUGGAGUUGUUGCAUUGGAGCUACCACUUUCCGCAUGCCACUACCAUUGAAGUCGUGACCUUUGGGAUGUCUAUGGAACUUGUGGCUAGUUGCAAAGCCAGCGACCAUCCUGUGCCAACUAUUGUCGCAAGCAAUCGAACUCUGCUUAACCAGAAUACGAUAUCGUUGGAUCUUGCUGGGUUUGCUGGCUUCGAUGGGAGUUUGCAAGGUGGCAAGCAGUGAAACUUCAAAAGCAUGUUUCAUAUAUGUAUGUCUUUCUCACAUGGUGGAGACACCACUCAUGCCCGUCUUUCCCUAUAU